AUGGGCUGGUCUUUUCUUCUUCAUCUUGCAGUUUCUGACACCGCAGACCGCACACCUAAUCAUCUGUAUCGUGUUCCGUGCUCUAUCCGUUUCUUCUCUUUCUCUCUCUCUAUCCAUCGCCUCCAGACAUACCGAUUAAUAAUGGGGAAAGACAAGUCAUUCAAGGACGAGUUCACUUUCGAGCAAAGACGUGAAGAAUCUCGUGAUAUUAUUGCCAAAUACCCAGACCGAGUUCCCGUAAUUGUUGAGAGGUAUUGCAAAACUGACCUUCCUGAAAUGGAAAAGAAAAAAUAUCUGGUUCCUCGAGACAUGUCUGUAGGGCAAUUCAUUCAUGUACUAAGUAGCAGGCUUCAUUUGACAACUGGAAAAGCUCUUUUUGUGUUCGUCAAGGAUACCUUACCUCAGACAGCUGCUCUAAUGUACUCUAUCUAUGAAUCCUUCAAGGACGAGGAUGGAUUUCUGUACAUGUGUUACAGCAGUGAGAAGACCUUCGGUCAUGCUACUACUCAUAUGCAACCUUAACCUAUUAGAAAUUGCUGUACAAUCUUGCAAUCAACUGGUGUUGCUAAGUGCAUCUGGUGUCUGGGCAAUCAUUAAUGCUGUAAAUACUUCAUGUAUUAUCUAAUAUUGUCCCCUAUCAAAUAAAAGGAAAUACUAUUCUUAAA